UUUUCGUUUGAAUUUGAAACAUGCGAUUUUUGGCUAAACUAUAUUAAAGUGCAUUUACAGUAUGUACGAGCCUGUUUUGUGUCUUCCAACUUUACUCGACCAAGCGCCUACUCUGGCCUGUCCCUACCCCUGGUCUAUAAUGGUUAUUGUGGUUGUUUUUGGCGGGUUGAAUUUUGUGGUUUUUGGAGUGUUUUUUGUUAUUGGGCUGCGCAUCCUGCGCUUGAUUACUGGUCUGAAUCGGCGGAAUACGUCUCGUGGCAUUCGUGCGCCUUUAGAGUCAGCCCGUCGCCUUCGUGACCAUGGCGUCCGAAUGCAUGAGAUCGACCUGCAUUGGGCCGACAAUUAA